AUGGAGAGCUCGGGAGUCGUCUAUGAAACCCUAGAUUAUCUCUCCCCCUUCGACGGCGAUUCUUCCCAGCAGUACGCUGUCUUCCGCAGCGAAAUUACCUCACUGAAGGGUUCGGCCGCCUGUGACCCCGCCACCGACUACUUUUCUCUCGACCCCUCUGUCGACGGGGUAGACUCUGGGUCCGAUGAGCGGCCGGAGGAGAGCCCUUCUGUGCAAUUCGUUUCUCGAACCGCCGAGGAGGAGAACAUCGCUCCCGAGCUUGGCUGGUUCCGCGCUGGCAGCCGCUUUAGGAGUCCCAUGGUCCAGCUUCACAAAGGUGCAUAUCUUUGUUUAAUAGCAAGUACCGCAGGCUACUCCGUUACAUUAUUCGGUCACUGGUUCCGAAUUAUGUUUUUAUCUUUAAAAAAUCCAAGCUCUCGUAAGAUUCUCACAAUUGCUGCCGAUGAACAAUUAAAGGCACUGAAUAAUAUUUUUUUUCAGUUGGAUAAUAUCACGAUCGGUGUUAUAAAAAAAAAGGCGUAAAUAUAGUUGCCUGAAGAAGUGCAGAGUGUUGGGACGGGAAAUAUCGGUGAACACUUCUUCCUCAAGGGCAAGAGCUUAUGAUUAAGGACGAGGAGCAAGAAUGUUUUUCAUUGAUGCAAAUAUAUACAAUAAUUUGCGGUAGGUUAAAACAAAUUGCAUCGAAAAAUAAUUCGUCUGAAUUCUGGCCAUCACGGGACCAAUGAAAAUGGAUUGGACUCUUAUAAACUUUCUAGGAGUUGUAGAGGGUGACUGUGAGAAACGAGGGAAUAUUACUCCAUAAUUUGCGUUACAAAUUCAUUUCGAAUUCCCAACAUUGACUCUAUUUUUUUGGUCCUCUGCUGUUGUUGGAAACCUAAUUUUUCUUGUCCGUACUUGCCAAGACCUUUGUAGAGUCCAUAUAUGCAUCUAUAUGUUGUAGUCAUCUAUGGCGUGGCAAAAACGUGUUGCUUGUGUUUAUUCGUGAGAAAUGUUUAUUGAUUUACAGAAAUACUUGAUUUCUGUGACUUCAUAUCUCCGACUUGCGAGGAGGAAGUAGACCGGGAAGCAGCUGUACAACGAGUUUUUGAGGUUAUCAAAUAUAUUUGGCCCCAUUGCGAUGUAAUCUUCUGGCGUUUCUACUGAAUUGACAUUUUCUUUCUUUCCUAGCUCUGUUUUAUUGCAGUCUCAAAAUUUUCGUUCUUUCUUAGGUCGAAGUCUUUGGUUCUUUCAGGACUGGUCUCUAUUUGCCAACUAGUGAUGUUGAUGUAGGUAUACUGCCCGUUUUCUCAUUUUUUUUGUAUUGUGCUUUACACAGGAGUCUUUAUCUGCUGCUUUUAUUAUUUCCUGAUCUUCGGGAAUAUUAAUAUCCUGUGAACGCAUGUGUUCAAAAGACACGGUUUUUUUCCUUCAUUAUUUUUCGCUUUACACUGCUUUCUUUUCUUUAUUAAAGUUUCAUUGGUGAUUUUUUUUUUCAUAAUUCUGCUCAGAUUUAUUUUUUCCCUUGUAGAAUAAAGUAGCAAUUUUCAUGUUUUCUUACGUUAAGCCUUUAGUCAAACAUAUUUAAAUGGUCGCCUAGUAGUUACCCAUGCUAGUCUAGUCGAUGGCACAUUUUCUGGUAUUCUUGAAGAGUUAUCUUAUGUGAACCGAAUUUUUUUUGACUUGUGCAUCAUUUGUCCUAUUAUUUAUGUAGAAAGGUUCUUUCGGGAUGUAUCUUACUUAGGCAGAGCUGGCCUACGUAAUUCCAGUUCUAUUUGAUUGAAGAGGGGCAUUGGAAAGCUUUCUUUCUGAAUUAUAUCCCAUUUUUUCCUACUGCAUUUGGAAAAGAAAAUCUGCCAAAAUAUCACAGCAUAGAAUUUGGAUCCAUGACUUACUUUGUGUUUUUAAUUUGCCUUUUUUUUGUUAGGCAGACUAUGUUUAGCGCUUUAUUUAUGAUUCAAAGAAUGCCUUCAGAAUUUGAUGAUGAGGCUAGGCUAAACUGGGGUCCCAGGACUUGAAUAAUUUUUUAAUCCCAAUCCUGUACACGUGGUUUAAAUCAUUUAGUAAAGUGGUACUUCGAACAGAAAUGUUCUUGGUAGUUCUAGUUUUCAGUUGGGGUAACUUGGCAUUAUUCAGAUGCUAGUUGACAUCGUACCGGACCCUUUGGUCUGGAUGAAUCACAUUAUCUGUGAUUGUUACUCAAACUGGUUAUGACAACAACUACGGUUCUGUGGCAAAAUUAUAACUCCAUCUUACUAUUUUUCCUGUGUACAUGGUCAGAAUUGGGUGUAAUCCCCCCCCCCCCCCCUCAACCCAAAAAAAGAAAAGAUCCAAUUGUGCUAUCUUAAAUCUAUGAUUUGGAUUGAGAGUACAUGGCCAGAAUUAGGUACACAUGGUUUUGAAACUGAAAUUUACUGUUUGGAUUGAUAGUGCAGGGCUGAGUUGAGCUUGUGUUGGAUAUUUUUAGUUUUUGAUCUUCCGUGGUGUCUGCUGUUCAAGGAGCACGAUUUUGUUAAAUUUCGAUUCAACGGUAAAAUUAUGGAGAUUCUGCAGUCCCCACCGACGACUGAGGUGCUUGAAAAGCAGCUACAGGGGAUAUGAAGUGAACAGUCCUCUGCCCUGUUGAUGAAUAAUACCUGGGUUGGCCGUGCAUCUGGGUUAUUCCCAGGAAGGAAAUGUGUCUGGUUGUCAAGCUCUGACCCGUGAUUCGACAACACAGAUUGGCAUGUCUGAGAAAAAAUGGUUUGGGGUGUCCAUGAUGAACUGGCUUACGUUUAAAUGACCACUGAAAAAGGUUAAUUCAUUUGGUCAGACAUUGAACAUAGUAGCUCAGUUUUCCAUGGACGUCAUUAUUUGUUUCUUCUUUUUGGAAGAAAAUCUUACUAUUAAAUGAGAAAUUAAAUCAUCAUAUAGUCGUUUUUUAUCUUUGUAAACUCACAGCUGCGGUUUAAGUUUAAUUGUGGGUGCUGAAUGAAUGUUGGGAUCUUACCUAUGUGUUCUAUUAUUUUCUUUGAUAUAGGUUGUGAUCCUGAAUUCAAAGGUGAAAACUCCUCAAAUGGGUCUUAGUGCUCUUGCUAGGGCGAUGUCCCAGAAAAGUAUUGCUAAAAAGAUACAGGUCCUCUAUCUACUGAGAGAAUAGUCGAGCAUAAUUUAUGUUACACAUAAAAUAGCUCAUAAUUCAUGUACUUUAUUUUCUGUUAGGUUAUAGGAAAGGCUCGUGUACCAAUAAUAAAGUUUGUGGAAAAGCAAAGUGGAAUUGCGUUUGAUAUCAGGUUUUCCCUAUCUAUCAAACUCAUAAGAAGUUUAUUUUCAUUUUAUCUGUACUUUUUGAUGAUGCGUCGUUGUAUUAUUUAGUGCAAAUGAUUGCCAGCAUUAGCUUUUUGAGUGGACUUAAUACAUUUCAGGACUUUUCCUUGGUUACAUCGUCCAGAAAUAUGUUGACAGUACAAUUGAUAUUUUUUUCGGUUCUUGGCUCCAUUUGUCUCGUAUUCUAAAUUUUGCUACUUUAUAACAUUCCUCGGUGGAUGCCAUGACCUUGGAUAAAUUAGCUGAGAAUGUUGUCAGGUUUAACAGAAAUAAAAAGGAAUUAUUAAAAUGGUGGAACAUUUCCGACCAGCAUAGCCCAGGCAGCUCAGUAGUGGCUUCAGAGGAGGAACGAAUAUGCAAAAUAAGUGUUUGUAGUAGAUAGGCAAGUGUUAGGAGAGAAAAAUGAGUAAAUCAUAAAUCCAGAUGUGUCCGGAGUUUCAUUCUUAUUUGAUCAGUGUACCUCUGCUUAUUUUGAAGUCUGCCAUCUCCGGAAAAUUUUGUUUGAAGUCUAGUUUGAUGGAUAUCCGUGUCAGAAACAUACAAACCUGUUAUAUUGGUUUGAGUUGCUGGAGUCUAUGUGAUGUUCUAACCUAAUAUGUCAUAUUAGCUUGAAUUUCCAUUAAAUUUGUUUAGGUGCUCGGUGAGAGCCAGUAUAUUCAGAUAUAAUACUGCCUCAUAUUUCAGUUGUAGGCAUCUAUUCACGUUGACAUUAGGAGAAUCGUUACAGUAUAUGUCAUGAACCCUGAAAGCCAUAGCUAAAGACGAAAAUAUGCAUGGGUAUUGUCAUCUUUAUUUCUAAAAGCUUUUAUUUCAGUUGUAUCGCCUAAAUCUUCAGGAAGGAUUUAGUGGAAACCCCAUCUCUAGGAUUUGACUGGAGUAUAAAACUUUUGUCGGGAUGUUGGCUUGAAAUCCCUCUUCCUUUUGCUGGUAGGAUAUGUGCCGCCAAUGUUAAUGCUGGGACCGCUGACCAGAGAAGCGAACUGCCCAAGCAACAGUCAUCUUUGGCAGUUCUCUUGUCCUGAAGUUUCACAAGCUAAACUUCCUUUGACAUCCAUUUAAUUCCAUCAGUAAAUGGAUAUCUGGGAUAGGAUUGUUAUGAGCACGAGACUGUUUCGUUUACGUUGCAUUCGUUAUCCUUGAAAAGAUAACGCUGCUGCUUCUGAAAUGGAUUUCAUUUUUUGCAGUUAUCUGACUUGAAACUAGAGACAUGUCUCAAAAUGAAAGUUUGAAUAACUUCGUGCUUUAUUUCUCCAUAACAUCAUGUAAAAACAUGUUCUGUAAUGUCUUUCUUGUCGCUGCAUUCUAUAUAUAUAUUUAUAUACACGCUGAUAUUGAAGACUUUCUUUCUGUCAGUUUUGAUAUGCAGAGUGGCCCAGAUGCUGCUGAUUUUAUCAAGGUAUAUAUCAGUCACCUUCUUUCUAGCCUUCACUUUUUUGCUCCUUGUUACCAAUGAGCAACUUAAAGCUUGUGGCAGAUGGCAGUAUGGGUUUUGGAAAUGAUCCCCAUAAACCCAUCCGAUAUAAUCCUGUUUGUCCCAUUUUCUGGAAAUGCUCCUUUAUGAUAGUGUUAUGACAUUAGGAAAAGAUGAUAAAAAUGAAAAAGGUGAAAUUUUGAAGGUUUUUAUACUUCUCAUCAUAUAGCUGUUGAUUUUCAAUGUCCGCAUUUUUUUUUAAAAUUCCAUUUUCGAAUGUUUGAAGAUUCUUUAUCUUUUCUGCCUUUUCCAUUUCGUGAGUUUCCAUUAUUUGCUCUAUCACAACAUUUGCUUGACCUCCCUUAUUCAUUAUUUCCAUUAUUUCUUGUUUCUCUAAAAAGCUGCCAGAACUAGAUUCCAGUUGCUUUUCUACAUUGAAAAGCACACUAGCCAGAUUAACGAACCUUUAUAGCAUGUAGUACAAUCGUUACUUUUAAUAAAUACUAUCGGUUUCAGUAAAUUUUUACUAAUUGCUUGUUGGGGAUGCUAAAAAAAAAUAUUAUUUCAGAGUUUCAGGUAAUAUUAUUUUUUACGAUUUUAGUGCCGUGUACUAAGUCCAUUCAACCCAUCGUUGACUAGAUGCGUGUGCUACAUUACUGAUUCUUAUCAACUAAAAUCAUUACUUGACCGAAUCAUCUUCCUAGGAUAACUGUUGACGGGGAGUGUUUUUUCAGGAUGCUGUGUCAAAGAUGCCUGCUGUAAGGCCACUGUGUUUGAUUUUAAAGAUGUUUCUGCAGCAGAGAGAGCUGAACGAGGUUUGUAUGGGAUGGAAACUUAGCCAAUACUCAUUAUUGUGGAAUUUUUUUUCUGAUGAACCAUUGUUCAGUAAAAUUUGCACUGCGCUUUUCUCCUUCCUUUUAGGUCUUUUCAGGUGGGAUUGGUUCGUACGCACUUAUUACUAUGCUCAUAGCACAUCUUCAGGUAAUAUCGACGAUCAUCAUUUCGAUCCCAUUAAUUGUACUCUCUCUCAAAAAGACAUCCCGUGGUAUAUUAUGGAUAUGUAAAAUUCGCAUGCCAUUCUUUCAGAAAAGUAGUCCUAGACAGUUUUGAAUUUCAAAACUGUUGGUGUUAUGAGGUACAUAUACGUUUAAUGGUUUUGUACCAUCAGUUUUCAAUUAGUGGUUGUAAUGCGUUCCUAAGGUGUUAAAUUGGUGAUGCCAUUCUGAGACUUGCAAUCCUUAGAAUCACUUAUUUGUUUUAAUUAUCAAGGUCUCCUGUUGCAGACACAUUGGAGAGGACAAAGUUUAUUAUCCCAAAAGCUGCAGGAACAUAAUCUGGGGACUCUUUUGGUAUGUGUAAUUAAGUCAUAUACAGAUGUUGUCUCUGCAAAACACUUCUUACUUCUUUUCAGCAUCUUCCCAUUCAGCAUGUUAAGUCAGGAUAAAACUCCUUUUUUUAGGAGUGGUUUAUGUAUUGAGAGAAACCUGGGGUCGUGCCCAUUACACGUUAGGCAUCAAAAUCUGAACUUGCUGAUUUGGCAAAAUGACCCGAACCCAUGUGGAUGAGGGUUGGACCCGGCUAAUCUGGCUGUCCUGAUUCUACUAUGCUUAGUUGACUUUGUGAAAUAGUGAUGUACGGACCGCUAGGUGCACAAUAUGAAUGUAAUGUGCUUGGAGCUUCUGAUAUUCAAAGGCGACACAUUCAAGAGUUUUUUUUUUUCUCUCGUAUCUUAUCUUACAUGCUAUUUUUUACAAAACAGGUUAGUUUUUUUGAGUUCUAUGGGCGAAAACUGAACAAUUGGCAUGUCGGUGUAUCCUGCAAAGUAGCAGGCAACUUUUUCCUGAAGAGCACCCGGGGGUAAUGAUAAUUUUUUUAUUUUCUAUUGCUUUUUGUGCCCCACAAUUUAUUAAGUUUUUUUGCUUUUUUUUGUUUAUCUGUUUUCAGUCUCCUUUGGACCUAGAACGAAAUUAGAUGUGUUCUUACUUGUCUUCUUUGCCUACAGAUUUUUGAACAGUGAUCGUCCAUAUCUUCUCUCUAUUGAGGAUCCUCAGGUAAGUUUGAUGUUUUUCUAGUUUGAUUGUUUUAGUUCCAUAAACCAUUCUAGAAAUUAACGCCUACUGUUUGAUGUUUAUUGACCAGGAACCUAGCAAUGACAUUGGGAGGAACUCUUAUAACUACUUCAAGGUCGUGCUUUACAUCUUUCUAUGAUACCUUUGCUGGGAAAAGCUUUUGCUUCCAAAGUUUUCAAUGCCCUUUUGCUCAUGUUUUUAUAUGCUUCCUUUUAAAGAACUGCACGCACGCGUCGCAAUGUACAGGAAAUUCAUUCUCUUUGAUCCCAAUGCAUCUCUUCAGUCAUUCCAUGUGAUAGAAAUUGAGCCAACUCUGCAUGUCUGUUUAUUCUCUGAGACAAACGCCUGAUACUUGCUUUUGGUACCCAUUUAUGUAUCUAUGGCACUGAUAUCACCUUGUGGAGGAUGGAGAUUGACUCGCUGGUUAUAUAUAUCUUCGCUUUGCAGGUGAAGUCAGCCUUUGCUACAGCUUAUUCAUCGCUGACCGAUGCGCACAUCAUGAGCCUGGAAGCGCAGAAGAGCAUCCUAGGAGCCAUAAUAAGACCAGAUCCCAUUUUGCUACAGCGCAAGGGCGGAUCCAAGGGGGAUCUCACUUUCGACAGGUUGCUUCCUGGAGCUGGCGAACAGAGCCGCCAUUUGGGAUUUGAAGGUGUCGGCGAUAUCCUCUGCAACUGGCAGCUGAUGGAAGAGGAACCCCUGCCUAGGGAGGCGGUUCUUCGCAGCGGCGGGUUGUCUCCUUCGAGAAAGAGGAAGUCAUCGAAACCAAGUCAUAGACCCAGUUCUAAUCGAAACGGCAAGUCUGCGGAUAUUAUGACGGAGGGUAAAUCUGGGAAGAAGGAAAAGAGAACGAAGAAACACCAGGGGAACUAA